CAAAUUAACAAAACUGCCACAACAAAUACACUGACGGAAAAACGUUCAAUAAAACCGCUUGCCAUGCUUCUACGGUAAUCAAACAACUGCUCAGAAACGCUGCUGGUUGAGAAGUCAAGUGUUAUAGAGUUGAAAAGAAAAUUUUUGGAACCUUGUAUCAUCCGAGAAUUGAUUAUUGCGCCGACUAUUAUGUUGGGACGUAGUUUUCGGUAUACAUGUCGUUCGUUCUUGAGAAAAGAAAGUAAGAAAGGAAAAAACUAUAGCCGAAGAAUAGAAAGAAGAAGGGUGAAAAGUGGGAGGUGAAAUUGAUGGCGCCGUGUAGUUCCCUCGGGCAAAAGGGGAACGAGGGGAUACCGAUGCAGCUAACUUGAUUCGAAGUGAUCCAAUAAGGGAGACCUUAACCACCGUCUACAGCACCAGCAGCAGCAAAGUACAUGCAUAUACCAGAUAAAUAUAAUAUUAUGGAUACCUACUUGAAACCGGUUACCCUAAUGACAUGGGAUUUCCCGAAGGGUCCACCCUUAACUCGACGCGUGAAAGACAGGGGAAAUUCCUACCAACGAUGCGAUGGAACGAAGCUUAAGAAGCUAAUCAGUGUGUGAAAUAUACUCAAGUCGUUACACCGAUGAGAUUUCGUCGAUUAUGUUACUCUGACGAGAAGACACGAUGGAUGAAAGUGGAAAUUAUGUACCUGUACUCCCUAAAUUUAUACAAAGAACAAGGGGAUUAGAGGGAUAACUCGACCGUCGUCACAAGGAGUACAACAUCCCGGACUCCCGUGACUCUCGCGCCGGAGUCGUCGCGGAAAGCGUGGGAUGAAAUCAGCGGAGCGGGGUGGAUAUGGGGGGCAGGGGACGGGGGGACGCAACCCUCAGCCCCUGGGGUUGAACGAGGAGGUGCGCGGGAAGGAUUUCCAGCAACCCCCGACCCAAAACCCUCCCCCAACCCCGAGCCUAGGUACUUCGGCAUCGCUGGUCUCACUACGACCUCGCCAGUCGUUGUAUCGACACCCUCACCCGCGUGUGUUCUCUACGUCGUUUGUUGCUGACAUCAGGACAGAUUAUAACGAUAAUAAUAAUGAUGAUGAUGAUGAUCGACGCGAAAUAUUAUUAAAUAUCAUAAAUACGAUGAGGCUGAGAUGAAAUAUUUAAUUAAACACUGUGCGAUUGCUUUCGAGUGCAGUUGAAAUGAAAAAAAAAGGAGAACGAUGAAACGAAAGUAAAAUAAACAAGGAGUAAUCAAAAUUUUCGAAAUAAAAAAAUGGAAAAGUGGUGCGAAAUGAAUCGUUGGAGAGAAAUUCAUUAAAAGAAACAAAACUUUUCAACCCUCUUGCGUGUGCAAAAUAUAAUAGAAUCUGACGGAGCAUUAUAUGUAUAUACUUAUGUGUACCUACAUACCUAUUGGUAUACCGUUGGGACGACGAUAAUUCGCAAUCGACAAAGCUACCUGUACCAUAAGAUAAUCUGGAACAGAGAUAAAGAGACCAAGGGAGAAAGUAGAAGAGAAAGAAGAAAAGGGAAGAAAUGUUGAAUGAAAUCGACGUCCUGCGGCUGCAGGAUAUGAGGGAGAUAGAAGAUGACAAUUAUUCACUGAGCGAACGAGAUAUGAAGAAGAAAAAGGAGAUACUAAUCAAGGUACGACUUACGGAGUUAUCCGAAGAAGAAUGAACAAAUAAAAAACGUAAGGAAGAGACAAAAAUCAAAAAAAUGGAAUACAACUACAAUACAACGGGGGUGAUGAUAAUGAUGAUGAUGCAGAAUUCGGAGGAUUUAAAUUCAACAAAUGAUUCGCUGUCGAGUAAUAUGAUAAACUAUGUAGAGAGUGAUUCGGAAAAUGAUACGAGAAAGAUCGAAAAUUUGAAAACCGAAACGGAAGAAAUCGAACUCGAAUACGUGCUAUUGCAAGUUGUAAAAGCUUCUGUAAUGUCGUUUAUAAUAUUAUGCGCCCUGUUCGGUAAUUUAUUGGUAAUAGUGUCGGUAAUGAGACAUAGAAAAUUACGCGUUAUAACGAAUUAUUUCGUGGUGUCGUUGGCACUGGCCGAUAUGUUGGUGGCGAUAUUCGCUAUGACGUUCAACGCGAGUGUUGAAUUAUCGGGUAAAUGGUUGUUCGGUUAUUUUAUGUGCGACGUGUGGAACUCGUUGGAUGUAUUUUUUAGCACGGUAUCCAUACUCCAUCUCUGUUGCAUAAGCGUCGACCGUUAUUACGCGAUCGUUCAACCGCUCGAUUACCCCUUAAUAAUGACUAACCUGAGAUUAGGUACGAUGUUAAGUGUCGUUUGGUGUUCACCGGCGGUCGUGAGUUUCGUACCGAUAUUCGCCGGAUGGUACACAACCCCCGAACAUCUCCAAUAUCGCAUGAACUAUCCGGACGUUUGUGGUCUCCAAGUUAAUAAAUCAUACGCUAUCGUCAGUUCGAGCGUCAGUUUCUGGGUGCCAGGAAUAAUAAUGAUCGCGAUGUACUACAAAAUAUAUCAAGAGGCCGAUCGUCAGGAAAGGAUGCUUUAUCGAACAAAAAUACCCCCUGCAGGAUUUUGUAGUCUGGUAGUACCCGACAAUGAGAGACGCGGGCCUUGCAGGCUUCAGAGAAAAAAGAAAAAACGAAUAAAAAAUAGGAGUAAAGUGGCUGCGGCCUUGCUGAACAAACAUCUUCAAAUAAACGGGAUUUCAGCAGGACUGACAUCUCUGCCUUCCGUUGGCCAAUCUUCUCCAGAACCAGCCCCGGAAGAUCCACCCAUAGCGAGUAGCAGUAAGAUGAAAAGGGAGAGGAAAGCUGCGAGGACACUCGGUAUUAUUAUGUCCGCGUUUCUUGCCUGCUGGCUUCCGUUUUUUCUCUGGUACUUGAUAACGGCGUUAUGCGACACUUGCCAGAGUGGAAAUAUAGUUGUGGCAGCGGUAUUCUGGGUUGGUUAUUUCAACAGUGCGUUGAAUCCCUUGAUUUACGCAUAUUUCAAUCGUGAAUUCAGAGCAGCAUUUCGUAAAACGUUGGAAAGUUGCUGUGCCGCAUUUAGUCCUGUUAAAUUAGACAUCGGACAUCGUAACAGAAAACAAGAUUUAGUUCACAGUAACGCAUCGUCCGAACUCCACGUUAAUAAUCAGCUACAGAGACCAAGCGAAUUAACGAACGUACACAUAGAGGCUUGUAUCUAAUCAAUUCAAUCAUUACUACCAUCGUCGAUUCAAUAAUUGUUAUUAUUAUUUAUUAUUUCAUUUUAUUUUUCAUUUCAUUUUUGUUAUUCCUUUCUCAUGGCCAAGUCCGCCUGCUGCCGAGACGAAGGGGAUGAAAAAGAUAGCGCAUGUAGGACGACGUUACAAAGCAGUCAUCUUGAAACGAAGUUCAGUUACACACACACACACACACACACACACACACACGUAUGUAUAUUUGUACAUAUAUUGAAAGAAAUUAUGUGCCAAUUUUUUCCGUGAUCAAAAGCAGCUGAAACAAUAAGAAGAGGGAAAGAGGAGCCAGAAAAUGUAUCCAAAAUUAGAUUUUCAUUACGAUAUUCGUAUAGAAAAGAAUUUAAAAAGAGAAGGGGAUGAAGAAAAAUUAUGCACGCAUGAUUAUUUUGCGACACGAUUCUGGGGCGGAUAUUUAUUGUCAUUUUGGGUGCAGAUUCAUAUAUUUAUAUGUAGAUUACUUUUUUAUACAUACAUCCCUUAAUUGGUAAAUAUUAGGGUUAUUUCAAUUCGUUGAAAUAUUUUCAAGCGUCGAUUUUUUUGUUCAAAUUUUUCUUCGAUGUCAAAUUUUGAAUGACUAUACAGAUGUAUUAUACAAUAUAUUAUAUAUAAUAUAUGAUAUAUUGAACCGACCAAAAAAAAAAUCCAAAAAAAAACUAACAAAAUCAUACGCACGCAUAAAUAAAUAAUUGAAAGACACUGUAAUAGAUAUUAUUUUUAGGACGUUUUAUUACCAGUUAAAGUCUAUAAUGUUUGAGAUUUUUAGUGUUGAUGUAACAACCACCACUCAAGUUGCGUUACCUAGCAAUCAUUUUUGUAUAUACAUAUACGAUAAUAAUAUUUAAUACAUAUAAGGAGAAAAACGUAUCCUAUGUACAAUAUAUCGUGAUAUUGUAUAUCAUUUUAAUUUAUACGUAAAAUUGAAAAAAAGACGUAGAAAACAGUGUGACGAUUUGAGAAAUAAAACUAAAAGAAAUCGAUAAACUCAAGAAACUAUAUUACGACGUAUAUUUGAAUGAUAAUGUUUAACCGUAUUUAUGUAUAACAAUCAUCGUUGUAGUAUGAUCGUCUUAAAACGUGAAGUAAAAGAAAAAGAAAACGCGUCGCGAGAAUAGUUUAUUCGAUUUUCUUUGCAUUAUGAGAAAAAAUCGUAAUUAUCAUCUCACAAAAGUAAAUAUGUACGUAGGUAUAUGACCAUGCAUAUACAAGUAUUAUCAACGUAAUGUACCUAGAAGUAAUGAGACGAUGAGAUGAAAAUUUAUUAUUUGGCAUUUAAAUUUUAAAUAAAUGUGAAAAUAUAAGUAUACCUAUAUUACAUAUAAUUGUGCAGAACAAUCAAUAAAUUUAUAAGAAAACUAAUUCGAAAGCAAAGAAGGCAGGAAGAAAAAAAAAUAACGAAGAGAAUUAUAGAAAAUAUAUUAUGUCAGUAUACAUAUGUAAAGUAGUUAAAAUGAUGAUUCCUAUAUAUGUAACAUAAUAUAUACAUAGGUCGCCAAAGAGAGUAAGAAAAAACCAAAACCAAAAAAGCAAAAGGUAACCAAUAGAAUAACGCAACUCAUAUGCAAUUAGAUUAUAUCAUGCACGCGAAUCAUUAACAUACCAUCUAUGAUUUAAUUAAUUAUUCAAUCAAUUGAUUAACGCGAAUGAUCAUUAAACAAAUCUAUUCAAUUGAUCGACAUAUACGUACCUAUGUAUUAUACAUAGUGUAUGUACUAUAUUAUUUUACCUUAGCUCAAAAACUUUGUGUCUAUAAAAUCUAUAAUAUAUAUGUAUACAUACAUAUGUUACAUUUGUUAAAUAAUGUAUACAUGGUAUAUAAUCUAAACAGUAUUAUUGUUAUUAUUGUUAAACAGAAAAACAUAAGUCGAAGUUGAAGAAAGAAAGAAUAAGACCAUAUAUUUAUAGAUUUACAGAACACAUAUGAAAUACAGGGUGAUCGGUUAUAAAGUGCGAAAAACUUUGGUAUCGAACUUCAUCGCACGAUAGAAUACGCAUUAUUUAGGCAUAAUGAUUAAAGCUAGGAAAAAAAUGAUAGAAACAACAAUCAUCAUAUUAAUAACAAUGAUAACAACCAGUAUAAUAAUAAUAAUGAUUGAAAAUGUUCCAAGAUAUACAUACAAUAUGGUCGCAUGAAAAUUCACAUUGUAUGUGUAUGUACACCAUAUGAAAAGUUGGUGUAUUAAAAAAUGAUAUCGAAAAAAACUAAACAAUAAAGGUGGUGUGCAAAAAUUAUAUAAUAUUGAUACAGACGUAAUAUUAAAAAUAAAAAGGUAGUCAUGGUUAAAAUGGAAGUCGAUGUAUAUUGCAGUAUCACCAAUAGGUAUGCUUUUACAUACUUGUAUGUUAUUUAUUUAUAGUGUUAAAUAUUUAUUGUAUAAUAAUCAUCAUGAUAAUAACAAUAAUAAUAACAAUGAUAUCCAGAACUACAAAAAUGCAAUCAUGAUAAUCGAAAAAAAGAACAAAAAAGUAUUAUAUUAUUGUAUGUACACAUAGAGGUAUAUAUAAUAUGUAUUAUUAAAUGACAAUAGAGUGAUUUAUUUUAUAAUAAUAAUAAUGAUAAUAACAAUAAUCAUAAUGAUAAUGAUAAAAUUAAACAAUAAUUUUGAAGGAAGAAGCACACGAUACGUAUAAUAUAAAUGAAUAACUAAAUAAGCGAAUGAAUAAAUAAAUAAUCAAGUUUAUAUUAAACAAUUAUUGAUAGUAGUCCCAAUGGUAAUAAUAAUAAUAAUGCAACUAAUCUGAUUAUACUCUACGUAUAAAUAAUAUGAUACUGCGUAUGCGUUAUGCUAUAUUAUUACACAUAUUAAGUCCACGUAUGUGCAAUAAACGAUAUUUUAUUUUCUAAAUGAAACCAAAGAGACAAAAUAUGAAAAAAAAAAUAAGAAACAAAAAGAGAUUAAGUAAAAGCAAGAAUUUAAAAAUCACUAGAUGACGUACAUAAAUGUGUGUUAAUAAUAAUUAAUUUGAAAAUAUGUGUAAUAGCAAUACGUCGGUUAUGUAUUGAUAUAAAUAUAUAGGUAAAUGAGUGAAUAUAUAAAAAUAUUGCGAUAAGUAUAGGUAUAUACUGCGUGUAUAAAAAAAUACGUAUAUAGGUAUGUGAAGAAAAGAAAAAAAGAAAAAAAUGAAUAAAAGUAUUUUGCGAAAUUUCGAUGCGUGCAUUAUAGUAGAUACUUAUAGCUACGUAUGCUAGAGACAUGUUAGAAUUACAUUCGUUAGACAAACUCAGUUCCUAAGAUAUUAUUUUUUAUAUGAUGGAAUACAUAAGUACACAGAGUACAUGCCGAUAGGAUGUACGUAUAUAGACGUGACUCAAUGUCACCUUUUACAAAAAAAAGUAACCAUGCGGAAACGAUGUUUGCCAAUAUCACAUCACUACCUAUACCAUUCGUUUUCUCACCGGGCGUUGAGACGUCGUCGACGUUUUCGUCGUCAGCUUUCUUUGAAUUCAAGUAAAAUCUGUUCUCCUAUAUGUGCACAUACUAUACAUGAGUAUACAUACUUAUGUAUACCUACGUACACAUAUGGUUUGAAAGCUUUUCAGAGGAAAACGACCCAUAGGAAAAUAGGCUAUACGUGUAUGGGCUUCUCUGCAACAUCAACGACGUUGACCCACAACCGAACUGAAAGAACCAAGCAAACGUUUCUCAACAAACUCUUCACAGAAAUAACAUCUUGUUUUUUUCGAGCUUUUCGCCCGGGUCUCAACCUUCUCCCUUUUUUUCCUUUUUUUUCUCUUGAUUUCUUGAUUUUUCCCUUUUGUCUUACGAUUUUUACAAUACCCACACCCUUAUUCUUUGAUAUUUACGUACAGAUAUUAUAAGAGCAGAUGAUGCGGUUAUAUCUUGAAAAAGGGAUAUGAAUCGCUCUUGAACUUCCUCAAUAAUGUAAUAAUAAUAAUCUAAAAGAGAAAGACCGAACCUACGCGGGUGGGUACAAUAUCAGUGAACCUUCUUAAAUGUACAAUAUAAUAUCAUAAACGUCUUUACUUUUUUUUUACAUUAUUUCUUUUUUUCGUUUUGCUUUGGUUUUUUCACUUCGCGGGCCGUCAUUUUUUCUGCUCUUUCUUUCUCUCUCUGCUUCACUCUUCACCUUCUAUUUUACGAAUAGAUAUUAUAAAAGGCAAAAGGGAAAGAAGAGAAAAAAAAACUUAUUAAUUAUACUCUCGUUGUAGAGACGCGGCCGUCGUCAUAUUAUUUCUGAAAAUUUUGCGUAGCUAUUACGUAUUAUGUAUUAUUACGAUUAUUAUACAAGAGAUGAAUAUUUUGAAUAAUUAUAUAAUUUUCAUCCAGUCAGAAUUUAAUUAUAUCCAAUUAUAAUAUCUAUAGGGACUUUAGACUAUGUAGUUUCGUUUUGUUAAUUCUCCUCAUCGUCUGCAGCAUCGUAGUUAUUUCACCGCUGCUGUUUCCAAGCAAACCUGCAAUUAAGAAUAUGUAUAGUUAAAUUCUAAACUAAUAUACAAUUAUCAAUAUUUAUCAAACUCCCAUUGAUUUGUAUAUAAUUUUUUUUCGGUUCAUUUCUUUACCAGCAAAACAAAGAGAGAUGAUGAAAAGAAAACUGAAAUUAUUUUCGACAUGAAAUUUUUAGAAUUUUAUUCUUUGUAUUUUCAUGUAGAUAGAGAUCCACAGGUUGGCGUAGUUAUAGGUAUGUGUGCUUUAUCGGAAGCCAUUAAGUACGUACCUCUGUACAUAUGUAUCUAUACAAAUUCUAUAGUUUGAAACUGUGUUUGAGUGAGAAGUUUGUUGUAUAUAUAAAUAUAUGUAUAUACAUAAGUA